AUGCAAUUUCCCCCGAAAUUUGUGGCUGCUGUCGCGGCUUUGUUGUCUGCAGGCACCGUCAAUGCUCAUAUGAAGAUUGACUCUCCCACUCCAUUCAACCCCGGUUCUCUGAACAAUAGUCCUCUCGAUGCCAGUGGAGCUGAUUUCCCUUGCAAGUUUGGCGAGUCGUACACACCCGGCGCUCGCGUAGUGCCCCCGGAAAACGUCUACGCCAUUGGUGAGACACAGACCUUGAGCUUCAUCGGGAGCGCCGUGCAUGGUGGCGGAUCGUGCCAACUCUCUCUCACUCAGGAUCCGAUCCCUAACAAAAAAUCGGUCUGGAAGGUUAUCCAUUCCAUUGAAGGAGGCUGCCCCGCGUCGGCGGAUGGCAAUCUUCCUGCUAACCCCGACGGACACGGCGCUAGUGUUUUCCAUUUCAAGAUUCCCAGCAGCAUCGCUCCAGGUGAGUACACCUUCGCCUGGAGCUGGCUGAACCGCAUCGGCAACCGUGAAUUCUAUAUGAACUGCGCCCCCAUCACUGUUACCGGAGGCAAGAAGCGCCGCUACACCCCGACCCCUCGCUCUGAGACUUCAAAAGUGGCUCUCGCAAAACGCCAAGAUCUGCCAGAUAUGUUUGUCGCUAACAUCAACUCUUGCCACACCACGGAGGGUUAUGAUAUUGUCUAUCCUGAACCAGGCACUUCUCUCGAGCGCGAUGGCGUCCCUUCCAAUUUGGCACCAAUGGACAAGCCUAUCUGCGUCUUACCCGAUGGCCAGAAGAUCAUGCCUGGAAGUGGCGGUAAUCCUGGUUACCCAGCACCUGGCCCCUCACCCACACCUUCGCCCUAUCCUUCCCCCAGCCCUUCGCUGCCACAGCCCGCCACAACCCCACUGAGGCAUGCACAAUCCCCACCUCCAGCUGUCUCCCCAGGUAACUUCGCAACAGUAUCACAAGUCAUUCCUGGACCCUCUUCCGCCCCAACCAGUCCUCCUCCUGCCUCUGCCCCAGGUGCAAACCCCCCUCCCAGUAACAACAGUGGUAGCAGCAUGUCUGGUGCUUGCUCAAACGAGGGUGAAUGGAACUGCAUUGGUGGCACUCAAUUCCAGCGCUGUGCGAGUGGUCAGUGGUCUCCCGUCAUGGCUGUAGCUGCAGGAACCCAAUGCACAUCGGACGCCGGCACGUUUGCGAUCACUGCUGCUAAGAAGAAGCGCGAUCAUGUCGCCAAGAUCCAUCGACGACGAGGACACUCUUAG